AUGAUAUUCGAUCAACCCACACAAAAUUUCGAGCCAAUUGAGUUUAGUUUUCCAAAUGGAUCCUGGCUAUUUCGGAUUUGGGGUGCACAGGGUGGCUAUUUCAGAAAUAACGCCGGGGGUAAAGGCGCAUACUCUGAGGGUUUUUUUAUUACCAAUAAUAGCGUCAAAUUGUACUCCUUUGUUGGUCAAAAAGGUUCCUGCAGUUAUGAUGUCAUUGAAACCCUAAAAUUUAAUGGCGGAAGUAACUCCAAAGGCAAGGACAAUGAUAUCAGUUGCACUGGAGGAUCUGCCACAUUCAUUUCGUGGGACAAGAAUGGGGAAGAUAUCUUGCUGAUCUCGGGUGCUGGGGGCGGAUCUGGAUUUUAUGAAAAGAAAAACAUUGAAUUUAUCGGCGGUUUUGGCGGUCCUUAUGCAGGCGAUGGUGUAGGCCAAGCAUAUGACGUAUUAGCUGACGAAGCAAAGAAAGUUAGAGGAAAAGGAGCCACAACUUUUCAUCCAGGAAAAGGAGGUUACUAUUCCGGCGACCUUUGGAAUAGUAAAAAUAUCCCGUGUGAAGCAUAUAGUGGAGAGUAUUUGAAAGGAGGAAAUGCCGUUUCCACCGCCGGCGGUUCAGCGGGCGGUGGGGGAAUUGGUUAUUUCGGUGGUGGUGGAGGUGCUGAUUUAGGUGGAGGGGGUGGUGGGAGCAGCUAUGCAUCACCAGACCUAUAUAAUGUCAUCCUUUUAGGAGGUGACAAGGCAUUUGACUCUCCAGAUUCAGUUCGAGAAGUUGGUCACUCGAAUGACGGCUAUAUCGAGAUCGUUGAGUACUAUCCCUAUACAUUUGUCAAGAACAACAAUACGUGCAUCGAGAAAAUAAAGUUUGUUUGCACAAAUUGUAGUCAUUAUACUCAAAACUAUUUAUCUAUUUUAUAUCUUGGGUUUUGGUCACUCAUAUCAUAA